AUGUCUAUCAAAACUAUCGCAGUGCUGGAUGAAUCCGAACUGAAGGAUGGUCAAAUGAAAGAGGUUUCUUUCCAGGAAAGCGGAAAGGUGCUACUGUCUCGCUUAGGCGACAAAGUGCACGCAACGAGCGCGUUCUGCACUCACUACGGUGCUCCAUUGGCAAAAGGCGUCUUGACCUCUGACGGACGCGUUGUUUGUCCAUGGCACGGAGGUGACCCCAAUCUCUCUUGCUUUAAUGUCUGCACCGGUGAUAUUGAGGACGCUCCGGCUCCCAUGGCACUCCAUUCAUUCAAGACCGAGAUUAAGGAUGGGAAAAUAUAUGUUACAGCCAAUCCUGAGAGCACUCAGAAGGCCAACAUGUCCCGACAAGCGAAACUUCUUGCUAGCGGGGUAAACAGCACUGGAAAUGGGGUCGUUAUAGUUGGUGGGGGAUCCGGUGGAUUCCACGCGGUUGAGAGCUUGAGAGAACAUGGGUACUCAGGACCUAUCACCAUUUUAUCCAAAGAGACCUAUAGCCCCAUUGAUAGAACUAAAUUGAGCAAGGCCUUGAUCACGGAUCCUGCCAAGAUCGAAUGGAGGACUCCUGCUGAUUUAAAGAUUAAAUAUGGCACAAACAUUCGUCUCGGAGUCGAAGUGACCUCUGUAGAUCUUGCACAGAAGAAAGUCGAGCUUGACGCUGGAAAGGAUUUCAUCUCAUAUGAUAAACUAAUUCUCGCUGCUGGAGGAACACCCAGACGUCUUCCGAUUGAAGGAGCUAAGCUCCAGAAUGUUUUCACGUUCCGAGGAAUUGAUGAUUCCAAGAAGGUUGAUGCUGCCGCGAAGGAAGGAAAGAAAAUGGUUGUCAUCGGUAGCUCGUUUAUCAGCAUGGAAUUGGUUGCUGCUGUUUCCCAACGUAAAUUGGCCUCGAUCGACGUUAUUGGAAUGGAAGAAUUCCCGUUCGAAAACGUGCUUGGCAAGGCUAUCGGUGAAGGGCUGAUGAAGUAUCAUGAAAGCAAGGGGGUGAAAUUCCACAUGUCUACCAAGGUAGACAAAAUAGUGGCAAAAAAGGAUGACCCCAAUGUUGCUGCUGGAGUGAUAGUCAAUGGAACAACUAUCCCAUGCGAUUUUGUCGUUAUGGGAGUGGGCGUAGCGCCGGCAACUGAGUUCCUCAAGGGAAGCGGCAUCGAGAUCGAGAAGGAUGGUGGUAUCAAAGUGGACGAACAUUUGCGAGUGAAAAGUGGACCAGACACCAAAGAUGUUUAUGCCAUCGGUGAUAUUGCCAUCUACCCCCAGCCUAGUGGCGGAGAGGCAAGAAUAGAACAUUGGAAUGUGGCCGGAAACCAUGGAAGAGCCGUUGGUUGCAACAUCUCGGGCAAAGAGCAACCAUUCGUGAAAGUACCUGUAUUCUGGAGCGCCCAGGGCCAGCAACUCCGCUAUUGUGGAUUUGGUGCCAAGUUCGAGGAUGUGAUUGUCAAAGGAGUUCCAUCUGAAAUGAAGUUUAUUGCUUAUUAUGUGAAAGGAGGAAAGAUAGUUGCUGUAGCAAGCAUGCAGAAUGAUCCCGUAGUCUCCAAGGCUUCCGAGCUACUGCGUUUAGGUUUGAUGCCCUCUCCAGAGGAGGUGAAAGCGGGCAAGGACCUGCUUUCCAUUGAUAUAAGUUCAGCCGGCACCAAAUCUAAAGUAACAUCGUAA